AAAUCGGGUGUGGGACCCCCUAACUUGAAGUUAUGAUCAAUCCUACUUGUCUCACCAUCAUUGAACGAUGUCUCUACUCAGCGAUUCUGCCCUCGAUUUCUUACGCUCUGUGUUCUCAUCUCGUUCGAAAGAAGAUGCAGAGACUGACAGAACAUUAGUCACGUUGACAUUUGCCCAAUCUUUGGAUGCCAAGAUAGCUGGAAAGGGCGGAAGGCAGCUCCUUCUAAGCUGCCCAGAGAGCAUGCUCAUGACCCACUGGAUGAGAUCCAUGCAUGAUGCAAUCCUCGUCGGCAUCGGGACGGCUCUGAAUGACAACCCCCAACUGAACACCCGUUUAAUUCCGGAGGCAUCACGACCAAGUAAACUUCCUCGACCAAUUGUCUUAGACGCCCAUCUGCGACUACCAAUUGAUUGCAAACUUUUAUCCAACUUCCGUCAAGGAGUGGGCCUCCAGCCCUGGAUCUUUUGCUCGUCUUCAAACUUCCCUGAGAUGAGUAGCCGACGAUCUACUCUCUUGGAGGCUGGUGCAGUCAUUUUCGACGUGCCGUGCGAAGAUGGGUUCCUCUCAAUUCCUCAGGUACUUGUGGAACUGUAUAUACAAGGCAUCAAGAGUUUAAUGGUAGAAGGGGGAGCCACCAUUAUCAAUAGCUUCUUGAAGUGCUCGCAACAAUCGGAUGGUUUUGGUGCUCCACCUGUGAUUGACACCAUUAUUAUCACUACUGCGCCGAUGUUUGUGGGUGAUGGCGGUGUAGGGUACGAGGUCGGUGGUUCAAAACAGGCUGAAGAAGCACCUGCGUUGCAACCCGUUCAGACCGCGCUUAUGGGCAUAGACACUGUUGCUGCAGUCAGGAUCCUACGUCGCCAAUAGUAUUUGAAAUGACGAAGAAACAUAUACCGUGACAUCAUAUCGUGUGAAAGUAGAGUAGAGUCCAAGUCUCGGAAAUAGUCUAUAUGGUCCUUGGAAACGUCUAAGUGGCAUUUUGUAUAUAAGAGUGUCAAAUAAGAGUGUCAAACAUUGGUCCAUUGAAAAGGAACAAGCGAGU